AUGCAAUAUCUCCGGAUUCACCCGUCGAUCGCCUACUCGCCAGAGACCAGGAUGAUCCUCUGGGAGAUCGACUUCUGCAGCAACCGCCUGGCACACCUUAUUUCCAUCGGCGGUCGCAUGACCGGGCGAUCUUACUACCUGGGCCAGACUCGACGGGAUGACCAAGGUGACGUAGUUUGA